ACACGCGCACACCCUAGCCCCUAGAGCAGUCCGCUGUGGGGCAAGUACCUUAGGGAAGGUGGAGUCUUAAUAGACGCCAUGGAGAGGACCUGGGAGCCCCCAAACCUGGAGCACAGGGUGCAGGGCUGCAGUGCAGACUGGCCCACACCUGGAGAGACAUGGGGAGGAGGGGAAGAGACAAGGGGCUCCAAGCCCAGGCCCCAGCUCCUCCUGAUGACUCCUGGAAAAGGCUGAGCACGUAUCAGGGCCAGUUCACCCAUCUCCACCCUCAGAGCCCAGCCAAGCCAGGGUAGCCCCAGUGUGUGAGUAUAAGUAUCCACCUGUCUGAAAAAGUCUGGGUUCUGCCCUCAGGCCCUGACCCACGCUCCAAGGGGCCAGGUGCACCCAACCGUGAGCAGCUCCUGCAACCCUCCCCACCGCAGGUUCUGGCUUAUUCCCCGUUUCCCUACAGCUCCCACCUGCCUGGCCCACCUCAAAGCACCACACUCCUACCCUGCAUCUAGGGAGUGUGCCCUUCCCGGCCUGGGCGACAGAGGGGCAAGGCGCCUGUGUGCUUCCCUGGCACUGCUGGGGCUCCCCAAGGCACUUGGAAGCUGGUUUUGCCUAGUACCUGCCAGUGGCACUGGGGCAGCAUCUGGGGACUUCUGUCCAGUGCCCCUGGAGGCUGCAGACCUGGGCGAUCUCUGCUUCACCUGGAGCUGACCAGCCAUAGUCCUACACCCCUGCUGUGCAUCCCGUCCAGCAAGGAGGAGAGGCAGGAGAGGCAGCAGGUCCCCGGGCUGGGCCAGGUGUCCAUGUGUGCAUGUGCUGGGCACAGAGCGCCAAGAUGGGUGGGGCAGGUGCUGCUAGUCCCAUGACAGACCAGAGCAUGGCCCGGGGGCCGCGGGCUGAGCUCCUGCUGCUGUUCCUACUGCUCCUGCGGCUGCCGAAGGUGGCGCCUGGCUCGGCGGACGGUGGCGGCUGCGACCCCUCUGACCAGUGCCCGCCCCAGGCCCGCUGGAGCAGCCUGUGGCACGUAGGGCUCAUCCUGCUCACCGUCCUGCUGCUGCUGCUGUGCGGGGUCACUGCCAGCUGCGUCCGGUUCUGCUGUUUCCGGAAGCAGGUGAACACGCAGACACGCCUGUCCCCUGCGUGGCAGCCCCGCAACCUGACAGUCAUCCCUUUGGACAGUGACAGCCCUGUGCACAGCACCGUGACCUCCUAUAGCUCCGUGCAGUAUCCACUGGGCAUCCGGCUGCCCAUGCCCUUUGGGGAGCUCGACCCUGACUUCAUGGCCCUGCCAGCCUAUACACUGUCUGCCCCGGAGCUGCCACCUUCCUACGAUGAGGCUAUCAAGAUGGCAAAGCCCAGAGACGAGGAGCUGGCUCCUUCCCAGAAACCUGGUCCUCUCCCAGGGCCCUCGGGCCUCGAGACCAUCCCACAGCUCCAGGAACCAGGUCCUGGUGCCCAAUAGCCCUGGUGCCCCUUAAAGGGACCAAGAGAGCUCUCCUGGAGCCAUGGAACCAGAGCGUGGAGUCCUGGAGGCCAGGGCCCAGGCCUGCCCCCAUCCUUCCCCUGGGAAGGCCUCCACUCAGCACAUUGCUGCAGGCCUGGCCUCGUUGCUAUGUAACGCCAGCCAGCCAGCCACCAGCCCUGUGCUGGCCGCCCCAGGCAGGCUGCCACUCUCCGCCCCAGCCCCUGGCCUGGCUCACAGGCCUCAGCCUGGAGGAGGCACCAUGCGCCUGAGCCAUGUGAGCUCAGAGGCAGCAGUGAUGUCCACAGCUCUUUGAGGAGAGAAUAAAGUUUAUAUCUAAGUGG